UCUCUCUUGCUCUCUCUGUAUACGAAGAGCAGGAAAUAAACCUUCAUUUGUGAUAGUGGAUCCGUUCUUCGUAUGCCCAUUUGCUCACUUUCUGUUAACAACUCCCUUUGAGUUUGAUUCCAUUCGGAAAACCUUUGUGGGUCUGUUUUUCUUUCUCCUUUCAAAACUCCUUUGUGAAUUUUCCUUUGUGACCAAAAGAAGGGAAUGGCAACUGCAAAUGGGUACACGGGAAACACACCAGUUGCCACUAUCACUGGAUCAAAACAACUUACCCCCACUGCUAGGACUGUUGAUUCUCAAUCUGUUCUUAAAAGGUUGCAAACAGAAUUGAUGGCUUUGAUGAUGGGUGGGGAUCCUGGAAUCUCAGCAUUCCCAGAAGAGGACAACAUAUUUUGUUGGAAAGGAACAAUUAAAGGAAGCAAAGACACAGUAUUUGAAGGAAAAGAAUUCAGGCUCUCUCUUUCAUUCCCCAAUGAUUACCCUUUUAAACCCCCAAAGGUUAAGUUUGAGAGUGCCUGUUUCCAUCCCAAUGUUGAUGUCUACGGAAACAUUUGCUUGGACAUCCUUCAGGAUAAAUGGUCAUCUGCUUAUGAUGUAAGAACCAUACUGCUGUCUAUUCAGAGUCUGCUUGGAGAACCAAACAUUAGCUCACCAUUGAACACCCAAGCAGCUCAGCUUUGGAGCAAUCAAGAAGAGUAUAGGAAGAUGGUUGAGAAGCUUAAUGCAUGAUUUUCAGAAAUCAAUACAGAUGUAUUCUUUGUCUAGAGUUAUUACAACGAUAUGUGUUUUUAUGUUUUGCUUUAAUGAGUUUUUAAAAUGA